UAUAAAGCCUGGUGCCAAGGGGCGAGACUCACUGGCUCAGAGGAGGACUCGCCUGCCAGCAGGGAAACUUCCCUCCAGCUCCCAGGGCGGGUCUCGUCCUCUCUCCAGCCCUGCUCAGGCAUUUGGCAGGUUCAGGUCCGGCAGAAGCACAGCUCCUGCAGCUCCAAGCACACCUCCAGCCUGAUGGGACCAACUGAGGAGGCUCCCAGGAGCACAGGAGUGGCUGCAACCCAGCUUUCCAGACCCACUCUCUUUCAAGAACACUGGGCUUUUCCUUCCGACCUUACUUCUUGCUUCAUCAGCUGCUGAAAUGCAUUUUCCCCUCUCCUCACAAAUGCUGUUUUCCUGGGGCUGCUGUGCCCACACACCUGUUGCUUCCUGGGCCUGCUCUGUGGCUAUAAAGGGAAAGAACACCCCUGCCUGUGGGGGUGACUCACGUCCAGCCUCCAGCUGCAGCUGAGCAGCCAUGGGACCUGCAGGAAAAAAGGCCGCAUACUUCCCACAGGUGACUCUUCCACCCCAGCUCAACCACAGCUACCUCCUGAGCUCAUAAAGCUGAAGUUCUGGCCCUCCCUGGGCUCCUGACAUACUCAGACUCCAUGGACACCCGGCCAGGGAUGCAGGACUUUGUCCCAAAGCUGGGGCCACUCAAUGAGACUUAGUUCUCUCCUGUUGCUUCUCCAGGUACCCAGAAAGUGAGGAGCUCCACGCAGGACUGCACACGUCGGCCAACACCCGCAGGGAUGCCCACUGGAUGAGCACGAGAGGGCCCUUGCCUCCAUGGGCGUGCCAUGCCAGCGGGCAGAGCAUCUGUUUUUCCCACCCUCUGCAAUUAACAAACCCAACCCAAACUGCCACAGGUGUUCCUCGUGGGGAGUUUCCUGUCCUACAAAUGCCGGGCUCAUUUCGAGGAGAGUCACGUUUCUUUCUAAAGAUGGAUUCAUUGUUUGAAACAGAUCUCUGGGAGCCUUUUGGCAAAUCUUGAAAGCCGCACGGCGCAGAGACAUGGAUGUUACUUCCCAAGCCCAGGGCAUGGGCCUGGAAAUGUACCCAGGCACCGCACAGCCAGCAGCCCCCAACAGCACCUCCCCCGAGCUCAACCUGUCCCACCUGCUCCUGGGCACCUCCCUGACAAAUGGGACAGGCGAGCUCUCGGAGCACCAGCAGUAUGUGAUUGGCCUCUUCCUCUCGUGCCUCUACACCAUCUUCCUCUUCCCCAUCGGCUUUGUGGGCAACAUCCUGAUCCUAGUGGUGAACAUCAGCUUCCGCGAGAAGAUGACCAUCCCCGACCUGUACUUCAUCAACCUGGCAGUGGCGGACCUCAUCCUGGUGGCUGACUCCCUGAUCGAGGUCUUCAACCUGCACGAGCAGUACUACGACAUCGCCGUCCUGUGCACCUUCAUGUCGCUCUUCCUGCAGGUCAACAUGUACAGCAGCGUCUUCUUCCUCACCUGGAUGAGCUUCGACCGCUACCUCGCCCUGGCCAGGGCCAUGCGCUGCAGCCUGUUCCGUACCAAGCACCACGCGCGACUAAGCUGCGGCCUCAUCUGGAUGGUGUCCGUGUCAGCCACGCUGGUGCCUUUCACCGCCGUGCACCUGCAGCACACUGAUGAGGCCUGCUUUUGUUUCGCGGAUGUCCGGGAGGUGCAGUGGCUGGAGGUCACACUGGGCUUCAUUGUGCCCUUCGCCAUCAUCGGUCUCUGCUACUCCCUCAUCGUCCGGGUGCUGGUCAGGGCACACCGGCACCGUGGGCUGCGGCCGCGGCGGCAGAAGGCGCUCCGCAUGAUCCUGGCGGUGGUGCUGGUCUUCUUUGUCUGCUGGCUGCCGGAGAAUGUCUUCAUCAGCGUGCACCUCCUGCAGCGGACGCAGCCUGGGGCCGCUCCCUGCAAGCAGUCUUUCCGCCAUGCCCACCCGCUCACCGGCCACAUCGUCAACCUGGCAGCGUUCUCCAACAGCUGCCUCAACCCCCUCAUCUACAGCUUUCUAGGGGAAACCUUCAGGGACAAGCUGAGGCUGUACAUUGAGCAGAAAACAAACUUGCCGGCCCUGAACCGCUUCUGCCACGCCGCCCUGAAGGCCGUCAUUCCAGAUAGCACCGAGCAGUCGGACGUGAGGUUCAGCAGUGCCGUGUAGCCAGCCUUGGCCGCAGGGGAGCCGCGGGGUGUGACUCUCAGGAGCUGCACGCACUUGGGUGGACAGAAGGCAUUGCCACGUCCUGUCUCUAUACUGUGGCCAGAUGUGGCUACCGGCUCCUUGGGGCCUUGAGAGGGUCAUGGUCAGAUGUGGCUACUGGCUCCUUGGGACCUUGUGAGGGUCACACUUGCCUGGUCCCCCUGAGGCUGCUGAGG